AUGUCGUUCAAUCAACUCAGAUUUUUCUGUCGUAUUCCGGGACGAGUCUUUGAUAUCGCUACUAAUAAAACCAACAAUCUUGGUCAAGAAGUUAUUAAGUAUUUUACUGCUCAGACAAACACCCUUCCGAAGAGCUGUGGAUCUUAUUAUCGCUUACCUGAUGACAAUUCAAUUCUGGCCAGUCAGUGUUCUCAGUGGGGUCGUGAAUCGGGACAAUAUAGAGUUGAUGGUUCAUCAUUACCCAGUGAUGAGAUAAUAUCGAGACACAACGUGACAUCUUUGGUGGUCAUGUUGGGAUGUCACACUCACUGCAAAGACGAAGAAAAAUGUGUUGGUUUCAACUACAGAACAACAAAAAAUGUCGAAAAUUGUCAACUAACAAACGUCACCAACAACAGAGAAAAUUUAGAGAGAGGAGAUUGGAUAUUGAUGCGAAAUGCUGAAGCGGUUGGUAGAUACAACAAUCCAGGACAAUCUUGUUUGGACAUUCUUCAACGGACAGAACGAGCAUCUUUAGGGAAUGGAGAAUACUGGGUUUUAUUGGACAAUAAACCAUUAAACGUGUACUGUGAUAUGAAAGCUGAUGGAGGUGGCUGGACACUGGUUAAUAACCUUGUUCAGAAUGGAUCAAAAGAAAUGGAUUGGUUCCUGGCAAAUGAUUAUCGACGAAUCAGUGAAUACAAAAACCAAAAUCUCGCUCUUUCAACAUAUGCACUUCGCGACCUGAGAUCGAAAAUGUCGUUCAAUCAAAUCAGAUUUUUCUGUCGUAAAAAGAUCCCGGGACGAGUCUUUGAUAUCGCUACUAAAACCAAUAGUCUUGGUCAACAAGUUAUUAAAUAUUUUACUGCUCAGACAAACACUUUUCCCAAAAGCUGUGGAUCUUAUUAUCGUCUGCCUGAUGACAAUUCAAUUCUGGCCAGUCAGUGUUCUCGGUGGGGUCGUGAAUCAAAUAACACAUAUUUUGUUGGUAAAUGGGGUAUUGAUGGCUCGCAAGUUAAAGCCCGUUUGUUUAAUCACCGGCCUUCGUUUCUGGUCAAGCUCAAUGGUUUACUGGUGGAUCGAAGCAGCGUUGGGAAUGCGACGAUUUCUAUUCAAUCUCGGGAUACACAAUAUCACCAGACGAUUUUUGGAAGAUUUUUGUUCGAUAACUGUAGGAUUUUAGUAGGGUAA